AGGGGGUAAAAAAAUCUGUUGUAAAAACAUUUAAUCACGAUAAAUAUAAAGAAGUUUUAUUUAAUACAGAACUAUUAAGGCAGCAGCAAUACGGAAUUAAAAGUAAAAAUCCUGUAGUAACAACAUAUCUACAAAAUAAAAUUUCUCUUUCCCCAUUUUAUGAUAAAAAAUUCAUUUUAGAUAAUGGAAUAGAUGUACUAUCGUUCAGUCAUUACAAUUUCUACUUUUAAUUCUUACAGAUAUUCUGAUAUCAUCAUCAUCAUCACAAUAUGGUUUUUUAAUAGUAUACAAAAGGAAAACUACUUAUGUAAUACAUAGCAUUUGUAGUAGAACUUAUUCGUGUUUGAAACAAACGUAUAGGGAAGCAGCAUUAUUAAAAUUGCCAAAUAAUAAACCAUAUGAAUGUAAAUUUUUCGUAAUAAAAAAUAAAAUAAUAAUGCCUAUAUUUAAUAAAUAUUUUAUAAAAUGUGAUUGUAUGAAAUGUAAUAAUAAUUAAAUAUUUUAUAUUUUCUAGAAAUUGUUUAUUUUAAAAGAUUAUCCGAUACAGUUAUAUGUCCAAAAAAGGCUUCUUUGGGUGCAGCCGGAUACGAUAUAUUUUGUACUGAGAACUUUCAAAUAAACCCCCAUGAGCAAAAAGUAAUUUUCACCGAUAUAGCCCUGGAAAUCCCAAUGAACUGUUAUGCUAGAAUAGCUCCAAAAUCUUCCAUUUCGUUAAACAAUAUCAUGAUCAAUGCAGGAGUUAUUGACUUCGACUACCGUGGAAAUAUUGGAGUUGUUAUGUAUAAUUAUGGAUCAGAAACUAUCAUUUUCGAAAAAGGAUUGGCCAUUGCCCAAAUAAUUUUCGAACUAAUAAUGCAUCCUAGUUUAAUAGAAAAAACUGAUUCAUUAAACGCCACCGACAGAAACGAAAAAGGAUUCAGGGAAUAUAGCAAAAUUGCUUUUAAAGAUUUUGAGGAUUCUGAAGAAGAAAGUGAUAUUACUGAAAAAGAAAGCGACAUUUCUGAAAAAGAAAAUGAUGAUGAUGAAAUUACCUUAUCUCAUGAAAAAGAAGAAGAAGAUGAUUUUAACUGUGAUGAAGAUACUCAUGAAAAAGAUGAUGAUGAUGNCAGAACUAUUAAGGCAGCAGCAAUACGGAAUUAA